GAAAGAAAGAAAGAAAGAAAGAAAGAAAGAACUUGGCUGCUACAAUGCCAGUGGAUUUGGAUUGGGUUGACCUUUAACCCUCAGAGGUUCGUGAUGGGUCUGGACCGAGUCUCCAGCACCACUCCACACAUCAGCUACCUGGCUGCAGCGAGCCUCAACACCUCCACUCCCUACGCCUCCUCCACCUCCUCCACCCUGCCUCCAUCUUCCUGCAGCAUCGAUGAAUCCUACAAGUAUGUCUUCCUGCCAGUCUGCUAUUCCCUGACCUUCCUGUUCAGCCUGGUGCUGAACUCGGUGGUUCUGGUGCGGUCGUGCCGGCCCCAUGGCGGCGGCGGCGGGCGGCGCUGGAACACCUCUCUGAUCUACAUGGUGAACCUGGCCACCACAGACCUGAUGUAUGGCCUGUCGCUGCCCUUCCUGGUGGCGAGCUAUGUGCUGAGGGACCACUGGGUGUUCGGGGACUUCAUGUGCCGCCUCGUACGAUUCCUCUUCUACUUCAACCUCUACUGCUCCAUCUUCUUCCUCACCUGCAUCUCUGUGCACAGGUACCUAGGGAUCUGCCAUCCAAUGAGGACCAUCACUCUGGAGAGCAAGCGGGUGGUGAAGGCAACGUGUGCUUCGGUGUGGGUGGUGGUCUUCGUUCUCACCUGUCCUAUCUUCAGGUUUGCCCAGACAGGAGACGUUACUAGAAGAAGUUCUGGAGCUGUUGGACAUGAGGGGACGAGGUUUGGAGACAACAGGACUGAGGAGAAGUAUGUGAACUGUUGGGACGACGCCAUAGAUAAGGACUUUCCUGAAUAUGUCCCAUACGGCAUUGUCCUUCACCUGCUGGGCUUCUUCGUCCCCUUUGUCAUCAUCGCUUGGUGCUACUCUCAGGUGGUCCGGACAAUAUUUCAGAGCCUACGGUCUCCACCCAGUUCAAUAGAGGGCGGUGAGGACGGAGCAGUUGGGGACGGAGCAGUUGAAGGAGGUCGAGAACGGGAGAGAACUUCAGUCUCAAUCUCUGGAUCACAGUACUCCCACUACAUCCGGAGGCGGCGCAAAUCCAUUAAAACCAUUGUAACCAUCACGCUGCUGUUUGCGCUCUGCUUCCUGCCCUUCCAUGUGACCCGGACGUUGUUCCUGCUCCUGCGGCGGGGGCAGCUCGGUGGCUGCAACGCCAUGAAGGCCGUCUCCAUCUGCUACAAGGUCACCAGGCCUCUGGCCUCCUGCAACGCCUGGCUCAACGCCUUGCUCUACUUCCUGACGGGAGAUAAAGGCGCCCCCUGCUGUUGGCCAGCGGAACGAACAGUGCACCAGGACAGAAGAAAUGGUUCCCUCUGGUGGCCAUUAACAAUUCUGAGGAAGGAAGGAGGCGGAGAGGACGACCAGGAGGCGGCCGAGAAGGUAGCAAGGGAGCUGCAGAUGGAGAAUGAAUCCAAGUCUUCACGGAUCAUCUUCUAGAACCUUUGAAGAUGAUCCCGGAUCAUCUUCAAAGAUGAUCCGUGCUUAUCUUCAUGUCAACGGGUUGACAUGUUGCCCUGAACCUCCUCAGUGACUCCUGAGUGUUGAUCCGAUACAACUUUAUCAACAGACUAAGUUUCAGUUGCCUGGUGAUGAAGAUUAACAGCUGUUUUCUCUCUAGAGCCAUUUUUCCUGGUCCAACAUGCCAGAAUCAAAGGAUUGGGUACUACUGGCAGAGGAGUACUGAAGAGUACUGAUGGCGACCCAGUUCUUUGGUUCUGGUGUGAUGAAGCAGAGAGAGAUCUGGRCACGGUUUCCUAGGUCCUCCUGCACUACAGAAAUUACAUGUUUCCUCAGUUGUUGGGUUUAAUGGCUUCCAUUGAUCAUAAGUAACCUGAAAAUGUCCCAUGAAGCAUUGCUCCUGGCAGGAAGCUGGUGCGAUCAUGGAUUGGACUUUCAUUGUUCUAGAUUCUAGAAGAUGCCGCAUCUGAUAGACCUGUCAACUUCCAUGUUUAUCUUCACUAAUCUGAGAUUAGGAUUGGGAGGUUGGGAUUAAAGGUGGAUUACAAACAUUUUAACCCAACCUUCCCUCAGAAGCUGUGAGUGAGCCACUCUAAGUUGGACCGGCUGUGGUUCUGGUGUCCCUGUUGUUUUAAUCUCAGGUGGUUUCUCCUUUCAGACCUCAUUAGUUUGGAUGUUUUGCUGUUUUUGUGUCAGAAUUAAAGUGUUUGUGACUCCAGCUUUUGUCCAUCCUUCGUGAUACCAAGAAGAUCUGUUUUCUCACACGGAUCAAU